AUUUUCCUUCCAUAUAUACAACACUUCAGCUCCUCCCUUCGUCCUCACACUCCCUCUUCAUCUUCCAUUUCUACAUCUCUUGUCUGCCUUAUUAUUCAGCGCUUUUCAGCUGUUAUAGUCUCGCAGGCAUUUCUCUUCUCUCGUUGGUUAAGUUAUUAUGGAGAAAUUUGCAUCCGUGACUGCUCUGUUACUGCUUCUCUGUUUUCCAGUAGCUUUCUCCGGUCAUGAUUACGGCCAAGCUCUUUCCAAGAGUCUUCUCUUUUUCGAAGCUCAGAGAUCUGGUGUCCUCCCUAGUAGCCAAAGAGUCACUUGGCGCUCUCACUCCGGUCUCAACGACGGCAAAUCCAGCGGCGUGAAUCUGGUCGGAGGUUACUACGACGCCGGAGAUAAUGUGAAAUUCGGACUUCCUAUGGCUUUCACGGUGACGAUGAUGGCGUGGAGCGUCAUUGAAUACGGCAAUCAGUUAGCGGCCAACGGCGAGCUAGGCCACUCCAUAGAUGCCAUUAAGUGGGGCACUGAUUACUUCAUCAAAGCCCAUCCUGAGCCCAACGUCCUUUACGGCGAGGUUGGAGACGGCAACACCGACCAUUACUGUUGGCAGAGACCGGAAGAAAUGACGACGGACAGGAAAGCUUACCGGAUAGAUCCGAGUAAUCCCGGGUCGGAUCUAGCGGGAGAAACAGCAGCUGCGAUGGCCGCAGCUUCAAUAGUCUUCCGCCGAUCUAACCCUGCUUACUCUAGGCUUCUACUCACUCACGCUUUUCAGUUGUUUGAUUUCGCGGACAAAUACAGAGGAAAAUACGACAGCAGCAUCACCGUCGCUCGUAAAUACUACGGAUCCGUCAGUGGUUACAAUGACGAGUUACUCUGGGCAGCUGCAUGGCUAUACCAAGCAUCCAACAACCAGUUCUACUUGGACUACUUGGGUCGUAACGGUGACUCCAUGGGUGGUACUGGUUGGUCCAUGACCGAGUUUGGUUGGGACGUUAAGUACGCUGGCGUUCAAACCCUUGUCGCCAAGUUCUUGAUGCAAGGGAAAGCAGGACGUCACACGCCUGUGUUUCAGAAGUUUCAACAGAAAGCUGAUUUCUUUAUGUGUUCCUUGUUGGGUAAAGGCUCCAGAAACAUUCAGAAGACUCCUGGUGGUUUGAUCUUCCGACAGCGUUGGAACAACAUGCAGUUCGUCACCAGCGCUUCUUUCCUGACCACCGUUUACUCUGAUUACCUAACUUCCUCUCGAAGCUACUUGAGAUGCUCUGCUGGCAACGUGGCUCCUUCGGAGCUUCUUUCCUUUGCUAAAUCACAGGUUGAUUACAUUCUUGGAGAUAACCCGAGAGCUACUAGCUAUAUGGUUGGUUACGGUAACAAUUUCCCUCAGAGAGUCCACCACCGUGGCUCCUCCAUCGUCUCUUACAAGGUUGACCGCUCUUUUGUCACCUGCCGUGGUGGUUACGCCACAUGGUUCAGCCGCAAAGGCAGUGAUCCCAACCUCCUCACUGGUGCUAUUGUCGGCGGUCCUGAUGCUUACGACAAUUUCGCUGACAGGAGAGACAACUACGAGCAGACUGAGCCCGCUACUUACAACAAUGCACCACUUCUUGGUGUUCUUGCUCGUCUCAGCAGUGGUCAUUCUGGUUAUAGCCAGCUUCUUCCAGUGGUUCCAGCUCCUGUUGUUGUUCGAAGACCAAUGCCUAUUCGUAAACCGAGAGUGACUUCCCCGGUCCGAGCAUCUGGUCCAGUGGCUAUAGUUCAGAAGAUGACAGGUUCGUGGGUGUCAAAGGGAAGGACUUACUACAGAUACUCAACAACUGUGAUUAACAAAUCACCUAGACCUCUGAAAAGUCUCAACCUUUCGAUCAAGAAUCUCUACGGACCAAUCUGGGGACUCUCUAGAUCAGGAAACUCGUUCGGUUUACCUUCCUGGAUGCACUCAUUGCAAUCCGGAAAGUCCCUAGAGUUCGUCUACAUUCACUCUACAUCUCCCGCAAACGUCGCGGUUUCAAGCUACACUUUGGCUUGACCAGACAACAACUACUUCAAAAGGAAUCACAGUGUGUAUAGGUCGUGAGAAGAAGAAAGUGUUGGUUUUUCACUCUGUUUCGUCAAGAAGGUUUGAAGGUUUGGUCUUUUUUUAUUUUCAUUUUGCUUUUUUCGGGUGAAUAUAGAAGGGUUGAAGAAAGGUGAAAGAAAGGUGUGAAGAGAGUGAAUGACUCUUCAGAAAAUUUAGAAGAAGAGUGAAAGUGCUCAUCCUCUUUCUACUCCAAGUUCAUGCUUUUUAAAAUUUAUAUAUACAUAGCGAGAGAGAGGAAGAUAGAAAGAAGGAUGCUGUUUUGUGAGAUCUUCCUUUCUCUUAGAAAAAGGGUCGUGUGAGAUUUUGCAAGGAUUGUUUUUCAUUCCUUGUACCUCAAAAAAAAAACAUGUGUAUGCCUUUGUCCUUUUGUGAUUUUAUCUUUCUAGGUGAUCAAGUUGUAAAACUCAACAACAGUCCUUAAUGAAAUGUGAUUUGGUUAUCA